AAUCCGAGAAAGGCCAUUCAUUUCGUUUUCCACUCCCCCACUCUUCCCAUCUUACAGAACUUGUGGUCAUCCACUCCGCUUUCCCUCUUCAGUGCUAAGUUGACAAACACCAAACCCCUCCUCAAAAGAAAAAAAAUCAAAAUCAAAUCCAUUUACUACCCUUUUUCUCCUUUUCAUUGGCUGCCAUGUUCUGUUCUUCAGAUUUAUUAUUGUUUCUGAUUCACCAAUUGCCUUCUCGAAUCUCCUUUUACACCCCCAGGCCCCGCUAAUCCUACCCCAUACAUCAAAAUUCCCAAUUUCAAUCCCCCUUCUCCCUUCUCUCUCUCUCCUCUUCCUAUUCAUUACCAUCAUCGUUUUCGUUGUCAAACGUCGAGCCCCCCCAUCUGUAAUGGAGCUAUAAAUUGGUCUUGGAAAGCUUAGGAACUUGUUGUCGUUGUUGCUAUUUUUUAGUUGCGUUUUUGGGGGUUUUGGGUGUUUGAUUUGUUGGGGGGUUUGGUUUAUUUGGGGCAAAUUUAUUUGGUUGGGGUUUUUUCUUUUUUCGUGGGUGAGACGGGGAUAUUGUAUGAUAUGAAGGCGUUGUUGUUGUGCGGUUGAUUUUGCUGGGAGAGGAAAUGAGAGUGGGUUUGGUUUAUUUGGGAGCUUCAAAUUAUGAGAACACUUUGUGACGCUUGUGAAAGCGCUGCCGCUAUCGUCUUUUGCGCUGCUGACGAGGCCGCCCUUUGCCGCGCCUGCGACGAGAAGGUUCAUAUGUGCAAUAAACUUGCGAGUCGACAUGUAAGAGUUGGCCUUGCAAAUCCCAGUGACGCWCCCCGUUGUGAUAUAUGCGAGAAUGCACCUGCUUUCUUUUACUGUGAGAUCGAUGGCAGUUCCCUUUGUUUACAAUGUGAUAUGAUCGUUCAUGUUGGAGGGAAAAGGACACAUAAAAGAUACCUUUUGCUAAGGCAGAGGGUUGAGUUUCCAGGGGACAAACCUAUAAAUCUGGAGGAUCCGUGUCCACAUGCUAAUGUUUCCAAUGAGAUAAGUAAUAGACAUAGUCAGCCACCAACGCAUAAAGUGACAGUGGAAGACAAUAAGCAAAAUCAUCACCGGCUAUCACCUGUUCAAGAGGCUAACGAUGAUGGUCAUGCCGAGACUGAUACGAAAAUGAUUGAUCUGAAUAUGAAGCCUCAAAGGGUCCAUGGGCAGGCUGCUAAUAAUCAGGAUCUAUGAUCAAGAACUACGAAGCACAAAUCUCAAUAACCCAUUGACACAAUCACAUCCAAACUUCCUCUCGCUUCCAAUUCGAAGCAGAACUUGUCGCGGUUGCUCCUGGUGGGAAGCGUACAUUGCUUGUUUCGGUCUCGGGCGCGAACACGYAUGGUGUCGAGCYUGUUUAAUAUCGUAGAGAAGUGGUUGGAUCGGUUUGAAAGCAAAAGAUAAGAUAAGAAGCAACACAUUUGCAGGUGCUGUAAUAUUACAACUUUAGAGACAGAGACCCAACAGUAAUUGCUGGGAGGGGCGGGUGGUGUAAAAUUAAGGAUGUACCCCUUCUUCUGUAUUUGGUUGGAAAAAGCGGCUGCUUCGAUUUUACUUCGGUAGUUCAGGUGAGAACUAAAAUGGAUAGAAGAAGCUUGCCUUUAUUCAUUGCUGUUCUGUCUUGUUUCA